AUUUCAGUCUUCCUCAUACCAACUUUGGCCCAGACGUGACAAAUAGGGCUAUUUCUUCCAAGAAAAAUUACUUGAGAGCGAGAAACAAGAAAUGCCAUACAAAGCAAAUGUAGUUGUUAUUGGUGCAGGGAUAGCAGGACUUUCUGCAGCGCACAAAUUACAUGAGUCAGGGCUGGUAGAUGUGUGUGUCCUGGAGGCAAGUGACAGAGUGGGAGGGCGGAUAAACACAGGCAAGAUUGGAAAUAACACAGUGGAGUUUGGUGCUUCAUGGAUUCAUGGAACAAUUGGAAAUCCCAUCUUUGACUUGGCCUGUGAGCUAAAUUUACUUCAAAAAUCAGAUGUUGAUAAAACAUGGAUUAAUGAGGAUAGUCGAGCAAAACCAAAACUUGAUCAGUCUCAGCUGAGAUGGAAAAUUGAUGACCAGACUCUAGAAGAGGUUUGGAAUGUAUUUGAAAAGUUGAUCACAGAAACGGAAGAUAUCUCAAAAGUGAAAAAAUUUUGUAAAGGCAUCCCAGAGGAUAAAAGAACAGUAGGGAAUUACUUAACCCAAGGUUUUCAAGAUUAUCUCGACUCUAGCACCUCUGACACUGCUAUAACGAAAACUGUAAAACAUGACUUGUUUUUAUUUUUUGAAGAAAGGGAAUGCAAUGCAGUAGGUUGUAAUUCACUGAAUGACUUAAAUCUUGAGGAUUUUGGCGAGUAUAUUUACCUGGAUGGUUCAGGGUAUUGUCCAGUUCCUGAUGGUUACAACAGAAUAACUGAAGCUUUAGCAGCUCAACUAAACAGUGGCUGUAUUCAUUUAAAUCAAGAGGUGACACAAAUAAACUGGGGGUCUUCAAGUGAAUCAGAUGAUGAUGCUGAAAAAAGAUAUCAUCCAGUCAAAGUGCUAUGUGCUAAUAGUAAAACAUUUUAUGCAGACCAUGUGAUCAUAACUGUCUCCCUUGGCAUUCUGAAGGAAAUGCACUCUACACUGUUUUCCCCUUCUUUGCCGUCUGACAAAAUAGAUGCAAUUAGAAAUCUUGGUUUUGGAUGCGUUGGAAAGAUUUUUCUUGAAUUUGAAAAACCGUUUUGGCCAACAGAUGAGUACAGCCUUCACCUCAUUUGGAGUAACAAGAAAAAUACCAAGCAUGAGUCAACAAUUGCAAAUUUUCCUUGGACUCGUCAUCUCCAUUCAAUGUACACCACGCGACCAGGGUCAAAUGUUCUACUGGUUUGGUUCCAAGGCAAUGAAUCACCACAAAUUGAAAAGACCACUCCUCUAGAACUUGAAAAGCAGUGUCUUGCAGCCAUUAAUGAAUGUACUUGUCUUGAAUCACUGCCACCCAUUGUGACUGUUGAAAAAACCCAGUGGGGAACAAAUCCUUGGACAAGGGGCUCAUAUACAUAUUUAUCCAACACAGCCUGUGGGAGUGACUUUGAUACUCUGGCCUCACCCCUCCCUAGUGAGUCACCUGAUGGUAAGGAAGCCCCUCCUUUACAACUUAUGUUUGCAGGUGAGGCAACACAUCGUCAGUUUUAUGGAACUGUUCAUGGGGCUUAUUUGACUGGAGUAAGGGAGGCCCAGAGGCUUUUGAAAUACUUGAGGAAUUGAACUUGAUGGCUUAUUUUCACCAAGUUCAAGAGUUUACUUUUUACCUUUGUUUUACCAAAAUUAGAAUUAAUUUUUAGCAAAUUAAGUGACUUAAACUGCCAGCAAACAUACUUGGGUGAAAGCAGUAUGAAAUAUUUGUUAUGAAUUUGGUUGAAAGGAAUGAAGAAACUUUGAUGUAAAUAUUCAUUUGUGUUAUUAAUGCAGGAAAUGUUCCUUUUAUCAGUUAAAAUAUUUGGGAGAGGUUUAUCCAAUGCAGUCUGUGGGACUAAAUUUGAUACUCUGGCCUCACCCUUCCCUGGUGAGUCAGCUGGUUGUAAGGAAGCCUCUAUUUGCAAGUGAGGCAAUACAUUGUCAGUUUUAUGGAACUGUUCAUGGGGCUUAUUUGAUUGGAGUAGGGGAAGCCAAGAGGCUUUUCAAACACUUAAGUAAUUGAACUUGACACUCAUGGGCAUCUUUACCAAGUUCUAGAAUUUACUUUUUACCUUUGUUUUACCAUUAAAAUUACUGUUAAAAUUGAAUUACUUUUUCGCAAAUUAAAGCAGUGUGAAAUAUUUGUUAUGAAGCAGGUUGAAAGGAAUGAAGAAACUUUGAUGUAAAUAUUAAUUUGUGUUAUUAAUACAGGGAAUGUGUCUUUUAAAUCAGUUUAAUUAUUUGGGAGAGGUUUUCUGAUCUACAAUUCUGCUAUAAUUUCAGAGGAUUCUUGAACCAAACUUUAAGAAAUUUGUGCCUAAAUUGAAAUAAAUUAAAACUGUGUUUUGGACAAGCCA